GCGAGGGAGGAGGCCCUGAGGCCGGAGGGAGCGAGGAGGAGGUAUGGACCCCCAGCCCCCUCCACCAGCCCCAGGCGCCUCUCCUCGGGGUCGGGGCCGGGGCCGGGGCCGGGGCCGAGGUCGGGGCCGGGGCCGAGGUGGCGGAGCUGCUCCCAGGGCCCCUCUGCCCUGUCCCACCUGUGGCCGCCUCUUCCGCUUCCCCUACUACCUGUCGCGUCACAGGCUCAGCCACUCGGGCCUGCGCCCCCAUGCCUGCCCUCUGUGCCCCAAGGCCUUCCGCCGGCCGGCCCACCUGGCCCGGCACCUGCGAGGCCACGGCCCUCAGCCGCCUCUGCGCUGCGCGGCUUGCCCUCGCACGUUCCCGGAGCCGGCUCAGCUGCAGCUGCACCUGGCCCAGGAGCACGGCGGUGGCGGGGAGCCGGCGGGGGCAGAGGCGCCGGGGAGCCGGGAGCCCGCAGCGGAGCCGGCCCCGAUGGCGGGGCCUCCCGAAGAUGCCCAAGAAGAGGCGGCCGAGCUGGCGCGGGCGGCAGCCGGCCGCGGGGAGGAGAAGGAGGUCCUGCUCCAGGCUGACUGGACCCUGCUGUGCCUGCGCUGCAGAGAGGCCUUCCCCACCAAGGGGGAGCUGAAGGCUCACCCGUGCCUGCGGAGCUCGGGGGGCCGGGCGGGCCCCGACGGGGAGCCCGGGCCCCCUCCGCGGCCCAAGCGCCACCAGUGCCCGGUCUGCCUCAAGGCCUUCGCCAGGCCCUGGUCGCUGUCCCGACACCGGCUCGUCCACUCCCCGGACCGGCCGUUCGCCUGCCCGGACUGCGGCCUGGCCUUUCGCCUGGCCUCCUACCUCCGGCAACACCGCCGGGUACACGGUGCCCUGAGCCUGCUGGCGCCUGCCCCGGCCCCUUCUCGGUCUGACAAGGAGGAGAGAGGUGUGGGCAGUGCCUCCAAGGGAUGGAACUUUGCCAAAGGGGCAGAAUCCCAGGGGCAAAACGGAGAAGAUGGGGGGAGCCACGAAGGAGAACGGGCCUCUGGCCCGGGUCCCGGGGAAGAGCCGCCUCCGCCCCCCCCACCUCCUGUGGAGCCCCGUUUCCGGUGCCCGGAGUGUGGCAAAGGCUUCCGUCGGCGGGCCCACCUCCGCCAGCAUGGCGUCACCCACUCGGGAGCCCGGCCCUUCCAGUGCGUCCGCUGCCAGCGGGAGUUCAAGCGACUGGCGGACCUGGCCCGUCACGCCCAGGUGCACGCUGGGGGCCCCGCCCCGCACCCCUGCCCCCGGUGCCCCCGCCGCUUCUCCAGGGCCUACAGCCUCUUGCGGCACCAGCGGUGCCACAGGGCCGAGAUGGAAGGGGCCAUGAGCAGGACCGCGGCCGCCGCAGAGGAGGCGGCCCCAGCUCCGGCCGAGACAGUCGACGACCCCCCCUCUCCUCCCUCUCCCUCUCGGACCCCUCCUCCAGCUCCUGCAUACCUCAGCGCCUCCUGCUUUGACAGUCAGGACCACUCAGCCUUUGACCUGGAGGAAGAGGAAGAGGGGGGCCUGGGGGGAACAGGGGGGGUGCCCUCCUGACACUCAGAACCCCCCAAACAUUUUAUGGCCACCUUGAUCCCCUCUGCCCUCUCUCUGAAAUGAAACCCACCCUUUAGGUUCCAACAGCGGAAGAAAGAACAAGAUCGAGGUGGGGGGUGUCUCCCUGGGGAGAUUGCAGAGCGUUCUGGACCCUAACACCCUCCCCGCCACCCCAUUUCAGGAUAGAUCCCCUGCCCCACACUGACCUGGAGUCUCACCCUCUUACCACCGCCAGGAUGACAGGUUGGAUCCACAUUCCAGCUGAGGCGAAUUAUGGGGAAAUGUGGAUUCUCUGGUUCCCAGGGGGCCUAUCCCCCCACCCCUACCCCUUUGCUGGCCCCCUUGCCCCGCUGCCCAUGCCCAAUCCUUCCAGGUUUCUUGUGUACAGCAGCAACAGGUGUGGGGCAGGGUAGAGUGAGGGGGGUACCAGGGUGUGGGCUGGGGGUGGAUGUGUCUGUUCCCUCUUCCCCAUGUCUGUCUAUGAAUAAACGCGACUGUGGAGCCCUGA